ACCACCAUGCGCCUGUGCAAUGGCCUUUCUCUACGCAGUUGUUUAGAUAUGUCCAUUUGAUGGAAACUUCCACUCGUAAUAGUUUCUCAAUUAGCUAAAAGUCUUCGAAAUAUUUUCGUUUAGGUUAAGAUAAGGAGCAUUGACAAUCGAAAUUGCAUAGUUGUUACAGCAAGGAUUGCGCUGUGUUUUGGAUUUGCUUUUCUCUGGAGUUCUCCCCCCCUGUUUUGGGUUAUUUUGGGAGUUUAUCAACUUUUAAAGCAAUUCUUGUCGAUAAUGGAGUUCCACGGUGGUGGGUCUGUUGGGGUCGUGGUCAGUGGCAAUAACGUCCCUGCAUUUCUCACAAAACUUUGGACUCUUGUUGAGGAUCCUGACACCGAUCCUCUGAUCUGCUGGAGCCCAAAUGGCAACAGCUUCCAUGUGUUUGAUCAGUGCCGAUUCUCCAAGGAGGUGCUUCCCAAGUAUUUUAAACACAAUAACAUGGCCAGCUUUGUGCGCCAGCUCAAUAUGUACGGCUUCCGCAAAGUAGUCCACAUUGAGCAGGGCGGCCUGGUGAAGCCUGAGAAGGACGACACUGAAUUCCAGCAUCCCUACUUCAUCCGCGGCCAAGAGCAUCUGCUGGAAAAUAUUAAACGGAAAGUUAACAAUGUGUCCAAUGUUAAACAUGAUGAGCUUAAGAUGAGCUCAGACGAUGUCUCAAAAAUUCUGACCAACGUUCAGCACAUAAAGGGCAAGCAGGAGACCAUAGACUCCAAAAUCAUCGCCAUGAAGCAUGAGAAUGAAGCUCUGUGGAGGGAGGUGGCCAGCCUCAGACAGAAACACGCCCAGCAACAGAAAGUCGUCAACAAGCUCAUCCAGUUCCUAGUGACCCUGGUGCAGUCCAACAGAGUCCUGGGGAUGAAGAGAAAGAUUCCCCUGAUGCUGAAUGACAGCAGCUCCGCCCACUCCUUGCCCAAGUUCAGCAGGCAGUACUCUCUGGAACACCUUCAGGCCUCGCUGCAGGGCUCGCCUGCUAUCUCUGCCUCGGGCGCACCAUUCACCAGUACCGGUCUCUUCACGGCGGAGCCGUCUCUUAACAACGGCCCCAUAAUCUCUGACGUCACCGACCUGGCACAGGCCAGCCCUGUGGAGGUCACCAAUGAGUGGAUAGAGGAAAGCACGAGCCCAUUGGUUCACAUAAAGGAGGAGCCGUCCAGUCCUGUGUUGGAGGAGGUGUGUCUGGCCGAGGCUGUAAUCGGGGGGGCAGGAGUCCAGGUAGACACGCCCCUGUCCCCCAUCACCUUCAUCAACUCCAUCCUGCAGGAGAGCAAUGAGCCUAACGCGCCCCCCGCCCCAGCGACCCCUACGGAGCAGAAGUGUCUCAGCCUCGCCUGUCUAGACAAUUCUACACAGAUGUCAGAGGUCUCUCGCCUCUUCCCCAGCCCCUCCUCAUCUCUACACCUCAGACCUCACCCAGGGAGUGAGCUGAGUGACCAUUUGGACAGCAUCGACAAUGGCCUGGAAAACCUCCAGACUAUCCUAAACGCGCAGUCCAUCAAUUUCGAGUCCUCACCCCUCUUUGAAUUCUUCAGUUCUUCCCUGCCUGGCUCUGAAUUCGACCUGGAGAGCCUUGACUUUAUCCAGGACUUGCUUUCAUCAGAUCCACCCAAAGGGGCUGAGAGAAGUGACAACUACACAGCAGGGAAGCAGCUGGUCCAGUACACCUCCCAGCCAAUGCUACUGACUGACCCAUUGACCAAUGAGAACGGCGGAGCGGACCUCCCCACUCUGCUGGAGCAGGAGGGGGACUCGUAUUUCACCCAGGACCAGGACCCUGAAGAGGACCCUUCCAUCUCGCUCCUCACUACCGACUACCACACAGCAGCACCAGACGAGCCCAAACUAUCCUAAAGCACAUUUUUUAAAUAAAGGGAUGUAAUUGCAGUGUUUUUGUUUUUUUGUCAUUAUGUUCAUGUGCAGAUGAUGAAAAAUCAACCUUGUUAAAACAUGUAUUAUUAUAGUGUUCAUUAUUCUCUGAGCUAUUGAUUUUCAUUCAUUUUAAGGCUUAAACUACUUAGUGAAAGAAUUUUGCUUAGAUGAAUCAAACCAAAUGUUCGACCUACGCUACUGGCCUGGUUUGUUCAGCUCAUGGAAAGGACUUCCUGGGUUGAAUUAUCUGUGAUCUUAUUGGCGGACAUAAAUAAAGCUCAAUCAUAAUCAUUACUAGGUCAAGUUUUAAGCAUUGUUCACCAAGUUCCUUUAACUGUUAAAAGUGGAAGUAUGCAGAAUAAUUUUUUUGUUAUACCAAGGGUAAAAAUCCAGUACAUUUUCAAAUGUGUGUGCGUGUACACGUGCUUGCGUGGUCCACUAGACUCCACCUGAAUCAUUUCUCUCUUGUCUUUUAGACUCACUAUCCAAGGGAUGUGGCUUGGUUGAUAUAGGGAUAGUACCUUAAUCAUCAUUUUUUUAAGUGUUUGAAUCUUUGUGCUGCACCAAUAUGUUGUUUUAUUCACAGAUGCAGAAAGUGUUUUCUUUGACAUUUUCCUUUGCAUAAUUCAUAAUGGUGUGCUGUUGGUAUUUCAGCACCUUAUAGUUAUACUUUCAUAUAUAAGAUUAUGUUCCAUUGUAUUACUUGUUGUUUAAAGAACCAUACAUUAAUUUAUUUUAGACAGUUCUCCAAAACACCAAAUACUACUUACUCUAGCCCUCAGAAGUGUCAAUGUUCACAUGCAUAUAGUCUGUUGGACGACAAAAUCAUAUUGAUUUUUUAAAAUAAUAUAAUGCUACAUUGAGUAUUGACUAUUAAUUCAUAUUUUUUUCUUGAAGACUAGAUGACCGACUGUCAAUAAAAUAUUACACGUCAGACGUCUGAAUGGCAUUGAGUUUUCUAGUGGAUAACCCAUCUGCCUUUGUUCACAGUAAGCAUUCAUGUCUUGAAAUCAAAUCUAACUUAUUUGGUUUAGAUUUCUUGAAACCAAAUCCACUGAUUUAAGACUGGCCCUUUGUACAAGUGUACAAUAGACUGCUUUUAAGAUGCUUUCUGUAUAUGACAAGAGAUUGAAAUAAUAUCCCUGGGUUAAUCCUUCUAUACCAGCCAGCACAUCCCAUUAUGUGGAUUGCUUUUUGGGAUGGAGAUUAUUUUAAUUUAAAGCAGGAUUCCAUGUAUAUCCUCCAAUGUCUUAUCAAUCAUAUGCUCUUCAUUUCUUAUCUGAAAGCCUGUUUCCCUCGAUCGUUCUUAUUUUAUAGUCAAGUCCUUGUCUAGGAAAACAAAUAAAUCAUUGAAUCUUGGUUCAAGUGUGAGGAACUUUGUGAAUUUACACAUUCUUCCCCCAGAGGUUGUUUUGAGUUUGUUCAAACUGUUUUUAUUUUUAUUAACUCCUCUUAAGGGGGAAGUAUUGGAGUGUAUUGAUGUGCUGAAUUGUACAUUGUUAAGCACUUUUACCAGUUCCACCAUAACACAAUGGCACAGCCUGAGAAACCCAAAUUACGCAUGAGUACAAUAUUUUGUGUAUGGUAUGUUUUAAAUAAACAUGGUUGUUUUGAAAUAAA